CUUCAUCAAUAUUCCAAACUUAAAUUACACUUUGCAGGUGAGAGAUUUAUGGAGCAUCUUGAGAAAGGUCAACAAGUAGAAAUUGACGAACAAAAAUGGGUUUACGACUCCUCGUUUGAUCAUAGAGGACAAACACCUCUUCGUUCUUCGACUGGUGCUUGGAAAGCAUCAUUGUUCAUUAUCGCCAUCGAGUUUGCAGAGAGGCUAUGUUACUUUGGGAUAGCGACAAGUUUGAUUAUAUACCUCACUAAAGUCCUUCAUCAAGAUGUAAAAACAUCGGCUAAGAACGCUAAUCAAUGGGCCGGAGUAACGACUCUAAUGCCACUUGUCGGAGGAUUUCUAGCCGACAGUUACUUGGGACGUUUUCGAACAGUUCUUUUAUCAUCAAUUAUCUAUCUAAUGGGUUUGAUUCUGUUGACAAUGUCUAGUAUGAUUCCGAGUUUAAAACCUUGUGCAAACCACGGGCAUUGUGUAGAACCUAGAAAGAUCCAUGUAGUUGUGUUCUUCAUUGCAAUAUAUUUGGUAUCCGUGGGCACGGGUGGGCACAAACCUUCGUUAGAAAGCUUCGGAGCUGAUCAAUUCGAUGAUGAUCAUCCAGAAGAACGCAAGAAAAAGAUGUCAUUCUUCAAUUGGUGGAGUGUGGCCCUUUGCUCAGGGCUAUUGCUCGGUGUAACACUCAUUGUGUACAUGCAAGACCAUGUUGGUUGGGGUCAAGCAGAUAUCAUUCUCACCAUGGCUAUGGCUUGUUCGGUGGCCAUCUUCAUCAUCGGUAGGCCUUUCUAUAGAUACCGCAAGCCUGUGAACCCGUUGAAGCCUAUGGUACAAGUAUGUGUUGCAGCAUUUUCUAAGAGAAAAUUACCUUACCCUACUAGCCCUAGUGAGUUAUAUGAGGUCCAAAAAUCAGAAAAAGCCCGAGAGCGCCUCCUUUGCCACAACACCUUCAAGUUUCUUGAUAAAGCCGCGGUGAUCGAAGAAGAAGAUUUUUGCUGA